UUUCAGCUAGUACGUUCAGGGCACACACUUUUUCUGUGUUUGGAUGAAUGGCACUGGACUUCAGGAUACUCUCAAAGGUGCGGUCGGCUCGUCAUGGACGACUCAGGUUAUCGCGUGCUGAUGUUGAUACUCCUGUGUUCAUGCCGGUUGGAACGCAAGGAACUAUGAAAGGUUUGCUACCAGAACAGCUCUCAACAAUGGGGUUUCGUUUGCUGCUUUGUAAUACAUAUCAUCUGGGUCACAGGCCUGGUCACAAAAUUGUUCGUAAAGCUGGUGGUCUUCAUUCCUUUAUCAAUUGGCCGUAUUCAAUUCUGACUGAUUCCGGAGGCUUUCAGAUGGUUUCAUUGAAUGAUUUAAUGAAUGUGGACGAGGAAGGAGUCAAUUUUGAAAGUCCGCAUACCGGUGAGAAGAUGAUUUUGAGUCCUGAAGCGAGCAUACAGAUACAGGAAGACUUGGGAGCUGAUAUUGUAAUGCAGUUGGAUCAUGUAAUACAUGUACUUCGUGAAGGACCCAUCGUUGAGGAAGCAAUGGAACGAUCGAUAAGAUGGUUGAAACGUUGUCGUGGUGCGCAUACAAGGAAAGAUCAAGCCUUAUUUCCUAUCGUACAAGGUGGUUUAGAUCUUUCUCUUCGGAAAAAAUGUGCUACAGCUAUGGUACAGCAAGCGGAAACGGGCAUUGCAAUUGGUGGUUUAAGUGGCGGAGAAGAUAAAAAUUCAUUUUGGAGAAUUGUUGCAUGCUGUUGUGAGAAUUUACCAGAGCAUCUACCACGAUAUGUGAUGGGUAUCGGAUGGCCUAUUGAUUUGGUGAUUUGUUCAUUGCUGGGUGCCGAUAUGUUCGAUUGCGUUUAUCCAACGCGUACCGCAAGGUUUGGCACAGCAAUUGUGCGACGUGGAGGUAUGCUGCAUCUUACUCGAAAUGAAUUUGAAAAUGAUUUUCGACCGAUUGACGAUAGUUGUUCAUGCCAUUCUUGUCGAAGUUAUACACGAGCCUAUAUUCAUUCCAUACUAAAUCAGGAAACUGUUGCAUGUCACAUUAUCUCAGUGCAUAAUCUGCAGCAUCAUAUAGAUCUCAUGGAACGAUUGCGCACUGCAAUCGACACAGAUGCAGUACAAGAAUUUUUAAAAGAAUUUUUGUUGGAGCAGUUUCCAGAUGGUAACACACCAAAUUGGGUUCGUGAUGCAGUUGCUCACAUGCAUUACGAAAUCUAAAUAUAUGUGUGAUUGUUACUUAUCAUUUUUGUUAAAACUUUUAACAUUAAACACAAUACUUCUCUUAUUCCCUUGUUUACACUGCAAAAUCAUAAAUCAUGCAAUCCUUGAAUGUCAAAAUUUGGGAUUAUGGUUUUACAGGGAUAUAAAUUUCC